GGGAAACAACCGCGACUGCCUUCCUUUUAUAUAUAAGAAAAUGACAAGACCAACGAAAUGUCAGUUUCAAUGUCGGUAGUUGCGGUUACACUUCAAUUUCACGGGAAAUACGGAAAUUGAAUAUUUGACCGACUUCAACCAAAAUUUAAGAUCGAGAAACAAAAACGCUUCAAGGUUUCGUGAGUGCAUAGAGAUUGUACUAUCACAUUAAAAAGCUCUGUCUAAAGAACGGCAUCUAGUAGAACUGGAACACAUCGUGUAAGUGUUGACUUAAGAUUCGUGUUUUUAAUCUUUUCUCAGAUACGUUUGACAGUAAUAAACAAUAUAUCAUAGUGUACUACCAGGUAUAUGAAAAUAAACAAUGAAGAUAAACAGACAGAUAAAAGUUUGAAUAUUAUAUAAGGCAGGUACAAUUUCCUGUGUAUUUAAAUAAAACAUAAGAACACUGUUAAUACAAAGUGACUGAAAUUAGUGUCAGGAGAUUAUUACAAACAUGACGAAGGAUGCUCCUGAAAAUUGUGAAAACAAAUCAGUUGCACAAGAACUACCUGCUAAGAUUAUCAAAAUAUCCGAUGGGUCUGAACCAGCAGAUUUCGAAACUGCCAUCACCGCCACUGGUUUUGGAAAAUUUAACGUGAUACUAAUAGCAGUGAUAUUGCCUGCUGCAUUUUCACAUGUUUUUGAAACAGCUACAAUGUCCUACGUUCUACCCGUUGCUCAGUGUGAUCUAUCUCUGAGUUUACAAGACAAAGGAACGCUAAAUGCCAUAACAUUCGCAGGUAUGAUUUCAAGUGGAUUUAUUUGGGGAUAUAUCUGUGACACCAUAGGAAGAAAGAAAGUAAUGAUAAUUGGAUAUUUAUUGGACGGAUUUUUUACACUGAUGGCCUCGUGUUCGCAGAAUUUCGCUAUGCUGCUAAUAGCGAAAUUUUUUGGAGGUUUUAUAAUCAAUGGUCCAUUCUCUGCUGCCACAUCUUACCUGUCGGAGUUUCAUUCUUCAAAACACAGGGCACGAGUACAACUGGCCAGAGGAAUAAUAGUAUCGUUCGGAAAUAUCAUUUUACCUUUAUUAGCAUGGGCUGUGUUACCGCAAAACCUGAAUUUCACAUUAUUCGAUUAUUUUGGCUUUCACUCCUGGAACGUGUUCCUAUUUAUUUGUUCACUAACUCCGUUGAUGAGCGGGGUGCUCAUGAUGUUCAUGCCAGAAAGUCCAAAGUUUUUAAUGUGUUCCGGGAGAAAUGAAGAAGCUUUAAGAGUAUUUCAACUAAUCUACAGGAUAAACAAAGGAAAACCGAUUGAUACAUUUCCGAUUAAAACUUUGGUUAAAGAGAAUGUUACCGACAAAGUAAGUGUUGCAAGUGAUAAAACCGAAGUUAAGCAACAAGUAAAGAAAGCAAUUAUAGAGGGACUAUAUAAAGUAAAGCCUCUGUUCUGCAGACCACACAUCCUGAGGCUGGUCCAUGCUUGCAUAAAUACCUUCUGCAUGCUCAUGGGUAUAAACACCUUGAAACUUUGGCUGCCUCAACUAUUCCAAACAAUAAAUGACUACGAAUUUACCCACAAUGGUGCCAGUUCUAGUAUGUGCGAGAUGCUAGAAACUACUCUAAGUAAGCCAAAUAAGACUUUAUCAACUUGUGUAGUGAAUUUAGACAAUUCUUCAGUGUACAUUAGAUCAAUCAUAGUUGGGUUUACAUCCAUACUCAUUUUCUCCCUGGCUGGAACUGUGAUAAAUUUACUAGGAAAGAAAAAAAUGAUAGUUGCUAUGGCUAUUAUUGCUGGAACUUGUGUCACUUGUAUAUACUUUGCUCAAAAUUCGAAUACCGUAUUGGCAUUAUCUUCCAUCUUCUUAGCCUUCGCAGGAGUGUGUGGAAAUGUUCUAAUCACAAUUACUCUAGAGCUCUUCCCUACGAACUUAAGGGCAAUGGCACUCUCUCUACAUCUAAUGUCUUCGAGGACGGGGACGAUAGUAGGCAAUAUGGUCUUUCCAUUUUUGCUCCGUACUGGUUGCGCACCUCCUUUCCUCUACAUUGGGUCCCUUGCUUUCGGUUGUGCAACAUUAUCACUGUUAUACCCGAAUACAGACAAUAAGCCAUUAGCGUGAUUACCAUUCAGAAUAUAAGUAACACCACUUAUGGCUCUUAUGGACCACACUCAUUGUUAUAGUAUUUAGUACAAUAUAAAAUAAUUGAAAAAAAAUAUUAGAAGUAGAUUCAUGGACAUUCAGAUUAAUUAAUUAAUUUAAACAUAUUUAAGUUAUUUAUUUAUUAUACAAAGCCAGUAAGUGCUGUUGUUAAAUGUGAUACUUUUGUUGUACGUAAUAUUUUGUAAGGGUUUCAUAAGCAGUUAACAUUUAAUUUUAACAUGUGAUUUUUAAAUUAUUUAUAAUAAA